CGCCGCCGCAGCUGCAGGGGCGCCCGGGCCGGGUGACGACGCCGCCGCGUGCGCCCCUCCCAGGCCCUGCCGGCCGCAUGGAGCCCCCGGAGGGCGCCAGCCCGGGAGGGGUAGUUAAGGAGGUCGAGGUGCCAAGGGCUGCCCUGGGCACCCCCGUUCCUGGGACGGGGACCAGCAACCACUCACCUGUGGCCGAGGAGGAGGUGGGCGUCCCAGUACCGGCACCGGGUCUCUUGCAGGUCACGGAGAGGCGGCAGCCCCUGAGCAGCGUCUCGUCCCUGGAGGUGCACUUCGACCUCCUGGACCUCACCGAGCUGACUGACGUGUCCGACCAGGAGCUGGCCGAGGUCUUCGCCGACUCGGAUGACGAGAACCUGGCCAGCGACUCGCCCGCAGGCCUACACCCGCUGCCCAGGGCCGGCUGUCUGCGCUCCCCCUCCUGGACACGCACCAGGGCCGAGCAGAACCGUGAGAAGCAGCCCUUUGGUGACCCCGAGCGGCAGCCUGCCGUUGUGGACACGUUUCUCACCGUGGAGAGGCCCAAGGAGGACUAGGCCGGCUGGCCCGGGGCCGAGGCGGGGCAG